CCCAAGGCUGUAUUCUUCAAACGCCCAACACGACUGUGUUCUCGAGACGACAACAAACAUGGAUGUGCCUGCAGCUGCAAAUGCUCUAGGCACUCUUGGAGCAGUCUGUUGGUCAAUCCAGCUGAUUCCUCAGAUUGUGGUCAACUAUCGCCGGCACAAUGCGACGGGUCUUCAGCCGUCAAUGAUGAUGCUCUGGGCCUGGGCAGGCGUGCCGCUCGGUGUCUACAACAUCGUCAAGGGCUUCAAUGUCGCGCUGCGCAUCCAGCCUCAGAUCCUGACUCUGCUUAGUCUUAUCACCUGGAUCCAGUGCUACUAUUAUGAACGGAAAUGGACAGUGCAGCGAUCACUGCUCGUCGUCGGUCCCAUCGCUGCUGUCAUGGGAGGCAUUCAAGCGGGAUUGAUCAUCGCCCUACGCAUCCCCGAGUCUCGCGGUACUGAAUGGCCCAUGAUACUCAUGGCGGCGCUCUCGGCGGCGCUCCUCGCGGCGGGUGUCCUGCGUCACUACUGGGACAUCUAUAUCCACCGCACCGUGCGCGGCAUCUCGUUUAUCUUUGUGGCCAUUGACGCCGCGGGCGAUGUUUUCUCUCUCGUGUCGCUCUUCUUCCAGCCCAAGCUUGAUGUGAUGGGGGUUGUCAUCUACGCGACCGAGUUUGUUCUCUGGUGCGGCGUUUUUGCAUGUGGAGGCUACUACAACUUCCUUCCGUGGAUCAAGAAGCGGUGGUUCAACCGGACUGCUAAGAUGGCGUCUGUCACUGUUGAGGAUGAGUCUCCGUCUUCGGAUGGUCGAGGCAAUGGCGUUACGCUACACGAGAUGCCAUCGUCGAGCUCCGUGUUCCGCACAGCCUCGGUGAAUUCUGCCAACCUCCGUGCUCGGAAUGUAGCCCAAGGAGACGAUAACAUAAUGGAAUAAUUACAUGGAAACAAUUAAAAUUUUUAGGCUAAGUCCUG